AUGACUACCCAUCAGCGCCAGUACCAUUUGGACGGUCAGGAUUUGGAUUUGGAGCGUUUGGGCUUCGGCGAACGAAGCUUCUUCCACCACGCACGAGGGGACUCCAUUGCCUCUGUAGACUCUGCAAACUCGGGGACGACCAGGUUUACAAGCAAGCCAAGUACACCAUUCGGGCACUCGUCACAGUCCUCUAUCACGACCACCAGCAACACCGGCUUCAUCAGCAAGAAGCCCUCGUUUGCUUCGAUACGAAACGCCUUCAAGGGAAACAAGAACAACGAUGCGCCCCCGGUUCCUCAGUUGGAAACGUCGACCCCGUAUCCAGUUCUCAAGAACCCGUUCAACCGUUCCACUUCAUCCCUCAACUCGCCUCGUACCAUUCAGAGACCGAGCACAACAACAGGGUCAACACGGGGAAAGUCCACCUCUAGAGGCCACACAUACGCAAAAUCCCAACAUUCCCUCGCUUCAGACGGCGGUAGCGACUAUGGCCAUGGGUUCUUCUCCCCUCCUCCCGUUCCCCGCGUCCCUGGAGCUUACAGAAGCGACACUCCACCUACCUCCGACUUUGAAGACGAUAAAGUUGACAUGAAUCCCAAGACGCCGUCGGACUAUGCACUCCACGCCGUCUUCAUGCGAUUCGCAUCUCUAGCAGAGGACAAGAUCAACGACUAUCUCCGCCAGCCUCUGGAACCUGAACUGCCAUUCGCGAAAACCAUGGGACCAGGCGAAGACCCUAAAUUUGACGACGUCCUCCAGUCACUCGCCAUCAUCGCCCAGAAGAAUGCUAAACCUGUAAUCGACUCGGUCAUGCGAUGGCGCCGCUCACAGAACGAAAUCGGGUCUGGAAUCCUCGAUCUCCACGGGCAUUCGAAGGGACACAUCAUCUUGGAGAAGAAGUCGAUGGCGUCCAUUUACAUCAUGUGUAGAGCGCUGGUUGCUGUUCUGCAGAACAUCUCCAAGGACUCAUUGGGCGACGCGUUCGGAUACACGAUCGAGGAGACGUUCUUUGAACAGUUCCGGAGACCUGAAUCAAAACACCAACAUUCUGUGAAUCAUCGGAGUAACACAGAGCUGUACGCUGCGCUUCUGGGUCACUUGGCGAAAGUUCGGUUCGUCCCUGUGACAGAUAGAUUCAUGAAGGAGCUGGAGCCGGUGACGUUGGGUCAGAUACCGAAGGAUUUCGACAACAAGUACGAAAACCUGGUCAGAGGGAUGCGGUACAUCCAAAUCAAGGUUUGGCCACCAGAAGCCUUCGAAGAAGGCGCCGAGUUCAUGGAAGUAUUGUCGAAGACCUACGUGAACGCUCACGGCGCCCGGCUGAAGACGGCUUUCGCUGAGAUCCUGGUAUUAUUGUUGCAUCCGAUUGGGAAGACGGCGCAAGCUGAGACCAACAUUCCAUCAUGGGGGAAGGCCAUCGAGAUCAUCUAUCCAAAGAGCAGAGAGAUGGUGUCAAAACCGCGGUAUUGGGCUACCGCUUUCCCACUGGCGAUAACGGCGCUGUGCGUGGGACCUCAAACAUUCUUCCUGAAGCACUGGCAAGCCUGCAUCGAAGGAAGUCUUUCAAAGCUCAAGGACAAGCCGUCUCGAAUACCUGUUCUAAACGGCAUCAUGCGGGUAGCUUGGACGUACCUGUACAGAUGUCAAGAGACGCCGUCCACGACGAUGUCCAAACUGGAGUCCCUACUCAAACACUUCUUCCCAAGCAAUCGUCUCACCGUUACCUCCCCCGAAGACAGCAUCGACUUCCUUACCUAUAUCGUUCAUUUCAUUCUCUCACGACACUUCGAAUACGGCAAGGACCUAUGCUUGGAACUUGUCCAAGAGUCCGCUAUCAACUCGCUCUCCAAAUCUGGCAACAUCAGCAACACGAUGGCGCCAGAACGAACCCUGAUCGCUAUAAACGCCAUCCUCAUGACACUUUACCAGCUGGAAAAGGAAGUCCCAACUCCUAGUUGGCCUUCAUCCAGCGACUUCUCCACACCUCCGUCAAGGGACGAUUACCCAUCCUCGUCGACCUACCUUCCUACCACUUUGGGCUCCAAACCGGGGAUCAAAGACCUCCUCGAGAGGGCUGGAGCCUGCCUUUCAACACUUGUCAACUUUGCCUCCAACGCCGUCGCUCACAUGUGCGUCUUUGACGAACAGUGGUCAUAUACGCGAAUGAACGCGUCCUACGAGGAAGCCAACAACUUUGUCAUCCGGCACCAUGCAGAUGGUACUAUCGUCGCAUACCCCAGUGGUACCUCCGCCUACAUCAGCAUCCUGCAAACUGCGUUCAACUCUUGGCCUCGAUGUAUGCAUUCUUCGAUUUUGAUGGCAGACGCUGUGGACCUGCUUCUACGUGGAGUCGUCCAUGUCGAGCCCGCCCUAUCAGAUGCAGCGAUCGCCGCUCUCAAGCGACUGAUGGAAGAUCGAACAAACGCCCUGACCGUCGUUGCAAGGUUUACGAGCUUUGUUUUCUCCAAUGGCCGACCUAGCUCAGAAGCUUCGAGCAUCAAGCUCUACGUCGAGUCUCCCAUGCUCGUCGCCUUGUGGGUGGACAUCGUGGAGGCAUGGUUAGCGAGUGUCAAACAGCUGAAGAAGGAAGAAUUCUCGGAGGAAAGCGACAUCAUCCUCGCCAAGUGUGACGACAUUGAGGCUGCAGGGCUGUUCUUGUUGAGCAGGGAGAUGCCGUUGACACAUUCGGCAGGAGUGAAGGUGAUCAGGAUGUUGGGACUUGUGUUGAAUCACCUCAAGAGCAUAGAAUGUGCGCCCGGUGAGGAGCACUUGCACUUUGUGGAGCUGCUGCAUGAGCCCGGGAGGGAGGACGCGCCGUAUUUGACGGGCUUUGACAACCUUUUGGAAAGGCCGCAGUUGACGAGGUUGGAGCAGUGGAGGCAGGUGAAGAAGGAAGGACUGUUGCUGAGGAUUGCGGAUAGCAAUGGAGGGAAGGAUCCGGGUCUUUGGAGGUACAUCUUCCCAUCGUUCCUCAAGACGUAUCUCGACCAUCCAGGAAGCACGCUUCAGGCCUUCAGGGAAAUGGUGGUGGUUGCAGUACAGAGGUAUCAUCCCAUUAUUUCUCACCUUGCGGGGUUGAGUAGUCGGGUUCCAGCUGGGUUCAACAUUCGACCGGGCGAGAGAAAUUCAAGUCGAUUGUUGAGGGAGCACAAGCCUUUGGUCGAUCAGUGGCAUAUGUGGGUCAAGAUUCUGUGCUCCACUGCAGUACUCCCUGAAAGCUCAAGACCACCAUUCACGCCUCUUGGACGAGACCAUAGCCGGGCGCCCUCGGAUAUCAGCUUCGAACGGGAACGACUUUCGACAAGUCGCGGCCUUUUCCGACAUUUGACCCCGUUUUUGGAUUCAGAGCACACUUCGUUCAGGGAUGCAGCCACACAGUGCAUCAGUUCUUUCCCGCCCAACACAUACCCACAACUCUUGGAAGACCUCAGUCUCCUCGCUGGUCGACAGUUCUACGACGACCCGAGGUCUAAGGCUGGCACUCCGAUGAUCCCAGAAGAUCCCCGGUUCCGAUACGCCCGUGAUACCAUGCAGCAGGAAAGGAAUCGUCGGCAAGAACGCCUUCAUUCAGCCGUGGCUCGAAUCUACUGCUUGACCGCCCAUUGCCUUCAACAUCAACGAUUAGCAGGUCGCCAAGCAGCCCUCGCCAACGUCCUCAAAUUUGUGCGCAACACUCAAACCUUCCUCAGCAGUCCCGAGGCACGAGACAACCCUGCCCUCCAACGUCUCAGGCGAUACUUCUGUGGGACUGUUGAACGCCUGUUCGACGGUCUGGCUUCUCUCAAGGAUUCCGAUCGGUUUAUUCCCAAGCAUAUGCACCUGUCAUUGUACAGGCUAUGUGAAGAUUGGUGUCAGGUUGGACCCCAGAGUGAGACAGCGAGGAAGCGGAUGGAGAUGAUGAUGAGGACGAUUACGGCUGGAGCAGACAAUCAAGAUGAUGCAACGGAUGAGUUGGAUAGGUUUAAAGAGGAGACGGCCAUGCUCUCGUAUGCUGCCAUUGGAGCCUUGACUUCUUUAUGCCAAAAGGCAUUCUUCCCAUCUGACGGGGCGGCUCCAUCGCCUACGGACAGACAGAUGCCGGAGUAUACCAGGCCCUUGACUGCGUUGCAAGUGUUAGAGAGGCUGGAUGCUAUUCUGGGUUCAUCUCAUAAAGCAACCCAGACGAAGGGAAAGAAAGGACUCAAGUCUCUUUUAACCUUCACCCAUUCCGAUGGCGAGCUUCGAGUCGAGGUUCUCCGACGAGCAGCAAUCGUUACCAACAAACGCGAAGCCAGCAGCGAACCCAUCUUUGAGGUCAUUUCCGAGAUUGUCUGCAAGGAUACCCACCAUUUCAGCUUUGAGCAAGUGGUCUGUCUCGGCUUGACGAAUCUUCGACAUCCUUCGGUCCGAAUUCGCACCAUGGCUUUCGACAUGCUUGAAGCCAUCCACCAACAACAUUCUGGUUUACUCGCCAUGUCGACCUUCGCACCUGCCGUUUCGAGCUUGGCACCUGGUACAUACAUCUACGCACAUCGUCAAGUCGCCGAUUUCCUUGCGGGGGAACAUCCACAUCAGGCCAACAAAAUGCUGGUCCAGCUCUCGUACUGGCUGCCGUCGCUCCAUCCUCACGCCUUUGAAACCAACGUCAUCCUCCUCCUACUGCAAAGUUUCGAGUUUUGGAUUCCGAAUAUCACGCUGUCCUCAGAACCUGGCGACGAGCUCAAGCUCUCAAAGGAUACGAUCCAGGCGCUGUUCCAUUUGAUGAAGCUCAGUCUUCAUUACCAAGACAGUUAUUCGGAGCAGAUCUUGAUCCUCUGGUCGAAGCUGGUGGAGGCACCGAACCAGGCCAAUGGCGACGCAACGAUCCAGUUCUUGGUGGAGCAGUCACAGAAGGUGGGCAACACCAUCUACGUGGAGUGUGCAGCGAAUAUCGUUGCAUGUCUCUGCCAGACGCCGAUAGGAGGGAGGGUGUUUGAGGAGUUGUGCUCCAUUAUUGUUCCUGUGCGGAUGUUGCCGACAAUCGACCAUAAACUCUCCUUCCCAGACGCGGAGUCCAUGACCCUGUGGGAGGACCUGGACGCAUUGUUCGCUGAUCAUCCAAGGUUGACAAUUGGGGCUGCGCAGUCAGCAUGGCUAUUCCUUUCGGAUGUGUCGCUUCAGCGGUAUUGGGAACUCACGUCCCAACUGCCGAUCCUCCUCCACGCCACCUUCACCCACCUCGACCAUCGCGUGCCGUUCGUCCGACUCAGGGCGCGUUCAAUGCUCUUCCAGCUUUUGCGCUCAUGGGUUCCCGGGUACGACGAACUUGCCGAUAGGUCCCAUCAGCGGUCGCAUUCCAUCGUGAAAGAGCGAAUGUUGACUUUCCAGCAGGAAAUCGAGCGAUACUACUGGUCAGACGACGAGAGCAGCGCCGAUGUAGAACCAAAGAUGUCUUGGGUUUGCCAACAGAUUCUCGAAUUCCUUGAACCGCUUUCGCCCAACCUUGCAAGCGCGUGGGGUACGGUCGCAUUGGAAUGGGGCACGGCAUGUUCUGUCCGUGCAGUUGCAUUCCGCUCUUUGCAGCUCUUCCGAGCGCUCAUGCCUCGCGUCAAGAAGACCGACCUCGCACACCUGCUCGGACGACUGUCCAACACCAUUUCGUUGAACGACAAGAACAUCCAAACUUUCACCUCGGAGAUCUUCCUCACGCUCAGAGCAGUCAUCGACUCGCAAGGAACGGACAAAACCCUCCUUCCCCAAAUCUUCUGGUGCAUCUCAGCGUGUCUUUCGACCACUGUCGAGAGCGAGUUUGGGCAGUGUUUGGAUCUUCUCGAAGCGGUAGUCUCCAAGGUCGAUUUUGACAACCCUGAAGUGACCGAGCUGCUUUUAAGCCAAAUGCCGCAGAAAUGGCAGGGCUCCGAAUACCUCCAGCCGAACUUGCUGAAGGGACUCAGGUCAUCGGCAACCUCGACAAAGACGAUCGAGGUACUCCAGAGUCUCGCCCAGUUCAGGGAGGCUAGGGUCAUCGAUCCCACGGACGGAAGGUUGAGAGAUCUUUACACGGCCUCUCUUCCUUGGUGUUUACAUGCGAUGGACAACCAAGAUACGUCACUUUCGGUGUUUGCGGAACGCAUUGCAGCACUCGCACAAGUAGAAGGCAAAAACAGUAUUGCGAGGAUCAUGACCAGCUUCUCCAAGAGUCAUUUCCGGACGAGAGAUGAUUUCUUAAGGCAGUCUGUGUCAAGCUUGAGGGAGCACUAUGGGGCGCGGUAUUGGACGGAGGUGGUAACGCUGUUGCUUGGUUUGGUGCUGAAUUCGCAGCGAUGGUUGAGGAUCCAUUCGAUGCAGGUGUUGAAGGUUCUGUUCCAGCACAGGGAGACGAGGAAUCCGGUGGAGUUGUUGGGAUCAGAGUUGUUGAUGCCUUUACUUCGACUGUUGGAAACCGACUUGGCUCCUCAAGCAUUGGAGGUACUAGAGGAACCGAUAUCGAUGUUUGGAGGACCAGCAGCGAAGCACGUGCUGAGGAUGAGUAUGCAUAUGGGGAGUAUGCAGCUUGGCGGGUCGGGUAUGAAGGACGGGAACGAAGAGGUGAAGACGGUUGUGUUUGGCGUUCCUGAGGAGAGUGGAUGGAGUAUUGCGCAGGAGAAGGAGAUGAGGGAAAUGUGUCAGACAAACGUGUUGGGCGUAUUUGACACGUGUUCAAUCCCUACACGGCCGUCGAGGAUCGAAUUCGAACCAGAGGUGGAGGCCCUGGCUAAUAUUGCGACUCCGAUUGCACAUCCAGCAAUGACCGACCCGAACCCGCCUGCGACCAACGGAAUCAACACAUUGUCAAAUCGAUCUGGAGGGCUGCAGCUGAAGAACUUCCACGAGCUCAACGAAUUCUUCCAGAACCCUGAACUGGUCGCUGCGGCCCAGUCCCCGGUCCCAAUACCGACCCGAAGACUCGAGGCUCGUGUCGCGGCCAUCUUGGCCAAGUCUACCGCACCAGAGAGUAACAUCUCAGAUCAUGGAGUUCCACAAACACCGUUUAUCGACGUGUUCAGGAUUGGAGGGGGCCCGGACGACAGCAUUCAAGAGCAGGACUCUGAGGAUGACGACGAUGACGACGAUGAUAGCAGCGACAGUGACAGUGACGCAGAUUCGUUUAUUUUCGAUUCCAUUGCAUCCCCAAGAGUCGGAGGAGGAAGUAAUGGGGUUGCGAUGGUGAAUGGCCAUGGAAGGCACCAUUGA